AUGAAAAUACAAUCUCUUUUUACUGAUUUGAUUCGAAAAUCCACAGUCACUGGCGCAACCGGCGGUCUCGGCUCCCAACUCACAAGAGCAAUCCUCGAAUCCGGCGGCGAUGUCAUUAGCAUUGACCGCGACGAGAUUCCACCAGCAGCGACAUGGGAACCUCUCCAAGCCCUCGCCAAAUCCCUCUCCCGAACCCUCACCUACCACGCCUGCAACGUCACCUCCCCCUCCCAACUCACAUCCGUCUUCGAAACCGCCGCCGCACAAGUUCCCUUUCCUCUGCGGGGCCUGGUCAACUGCGCUGGCGUCGGCACGGUGGGCGACUCGGUCGAGUACCCCGAGGACCAGACAAAGUGGACGCUGGACGUGAAUCUGGCGGGCAGUCUGUACGUGGCGCAGGCGGCGGCCAAGGUGGUGAGGAAGCAGGCUGGAGGGUUCGGCGCGAGUUUUGUGUUUGUGGCGAGCAUGAGCGGGUACAUCUCCAACAAGGCCACCCCCACCGCAAUCUACUCCGCCUCCAAAGCCGGCGUCCACCAACUCACCCGCUCCCUCGCCGGCGAAUGGGGCUCUCCUUCAUCUCCAUCGCCAGCCAUCCGCGUAAACUCCAUCAGCCCCGGCGUCAUCCACACGCCCAUGACAAAGGAAGUCCUCACGCACAAGGAGUGGACCACCGUCUGGGAACAAGAGGCCAUGCUCAAGAGGAUCUCCGCGCCGGAAGAGUACCGCGGCGCCGUGGUGUUUCUGCUGGCGGAUGCGAGCUCGUAUGUGACGGGGACGGAUUUGCGGGUUGAUGGUGGAUCGACGGGGUGGUAAAGCAUGUGCGUAUAAUAGACGAGACAGAUUAAUAGACAACAUACCAUUUUCAUCUUCAUUGUCCAAUCAAUAGCGGCAUAGUUGCCAACAACCAUCGCCACCAUCAACUCUCACCACCCCCCCUCGUCCCUCGUAUCACCGGCCUUCUCCUCCAAUGCAACACCUUCCCCAGGCAAAUACCCAAUCAGCAAUAUCCCAACAGACAGCAUACUCAGCAGAAACUCACCCGUAAAUAAACCCCCACAUACAGCGCCAAAAGCACCGCAUACCCAAUCCUCUUAAUCAUCUCCAAUAAACCCAUCAUCCAAAAAACAAAAGCUACCCUCCUAGUCUUAUAUCCCAAGAGUUUCAAACACGCUGUAUCAUCUUCCUGCUAUUUAAGAAGCACAGUAACAAGUUUAAAACUGCAGAAGCCCGUGGAUGACAGGAGCAAGUUGUGGGUAGUAAUACGACCUUGCUGUAAACGUAAACAACCCAAAGUGUCCACUUCGCUCGCCCUGGUUGGCCAAUAAACGUCUUGCAGCAAGAUGGGGCUUUACUUGUGCUCUAACAUGGAGUCGAGCUGCGUUUUAUCGAGUCAGCAUCACUAGUUGUUAUACAUCUAUAUC